CUGCUCCCCUCCCGGAGACCGCGGCGCACUUGGACUUCCCUCUCCAUUCGCUGGCCGCCUCGCUCCCGGUCCCCACGGCUGUGAACUGAUCUGGCGCGGGGAGGGGGGAGGAGGAAAGCGCAGGCGAACGAGCGAGCGAGCGAGAGAGCGAGGGAGCGGGCGAGCGAGCCAGAGAGCAAAGCGAGAGCGAGAGAGCCGGGAGGCUGAGGGAGUAGUGACCGCCUUCCGGAGCCGGGAUUCAUGCCUGUCCUCGGGACCUGCGGAGGGGACUUUACGGCUGAGUAUGAGCCAGGCUGCUAGGAGCCAGGUACCCCCACGCCUGCAGUCCCCGCGCCGUUCCCGGUAUGCGAGCUGGACGCAGGGCUCUCCCAACUUCCCACCGAGCCGAAUAAAAAGCGUCCUCCCGCAGCUCUCCGCCAAAGACGGACAUUGACUCCAGGACUCCACAGAAUGGAGCAAGAAUGAGAGGAAAAAGGCCGGCAGAAAAGCAUGAACUGGAGGUUUGUUGAGCUCCUCUACUUCCUGUUUGUAUGGGGCCGUAUCUCAGUGCAGCCCUCCCACCAGGAACCAGCUGGGACAGACCAACAUGUCUCCAAGGAAUUUGAUUGGCUUAUUUCAGACAGGGGGCCUUUCCACCACUCCAGGAGCUACCUAUCCUUUGUGGAAAGACACCGUCAAGGAUUUACAACCAGAUAUAAAAUAUACAGGGAGUUUGCCCGUUGGAAGGUGAGGAACACAGCCAUCGAGAGGAGAGACCUGGUCCGUCAUCCAGUGCCCCUCAUGCCAGAGUUUCAAAGAAGCAUCCGCCUGCUUGGCAGAAGACCCACCACUCAGCAGUUCAUCGAUACCAUCAUCAAAAAGUACGGCACCCACCUCCUCAUCUCUGCCACCUUGGGAGGGGAGGAGGCCUUGACCAUGUACAUGGACAAAAGUCGCCUCGACAGGAAGUCAGGGAAUGCCACUCAAAGUGUUGAAGCUCUGCACCAGCUGGCAUCGUCCUACUUUGUGGACCGUGAUGGCACCAUGAGGAGGCUGCAUGAGAUCCAGAUAUCAACUGGAGCAAUCAAGGUCACAGAGACACGCACUGGGCCUCUGGGCUGUAACAGCUAUGACAAUCUGGACUCUGUGAGUUCCGUCCUUCUGCAAAGCACGGAGAGCAAACUGCACCUUCAAGGUCUUCAGAUAAUCUUCCCUCGGUAUCUGCAAGAGAAGUUUGUCCAGUCGGCCUUGAGCUACAUCAUGUGCAAUGGUGAGGGAGAGUAUGUGUGUCAGAACAGCCAGUGUAGAUGUCAGUGCGCAGAGGAGUUCCCACAGUGCAACUGCCCCAUCACCGACAUCCAGAUCAUGGAGUACACGCUGGCCAACAUGGCCAAGUCUUGGGCCGAAGCUUACAAGGACCUGGAGAAUUCAGAUGAGUUUAAAUCGUUUAUGAAGCGUCUGCCCAGCAACCACUUCCUGACCAUCGGGAGCAUCCAUCAGCACUGGGGCAGCGACUGGGACCUGCAGAACCGUUACAAGCUCCUGCAGAGCGCCACCGAGGCCCAGAGGCAAAAGAUCCAGCGCACCGCCCGCAAGCUCUUCGGCCUCAGCGUCCGCUGUCGCCACAAUCCCAACCACCAGCUGCCUAGAGAGAGGACAAUUCAGCAAUGGCUUGCAAGGGUCCAGUCGCUCCUCUACUGCAAUGAGAACGGGUUUUGGGGAACCUUCCUGGAGAGCCAGAGGAGCUGCGUGUGCCACGGUAGCACCACGCUGUGCCAGCGCCCCAUCCCCUGCAUCAUAGGAGGGAACAACAGCUGCGCCAUGUGUAGCCUGGCCAACAUCUCCCUGUGCGGCUCCUGCAACAAGGGCUACAAGCUGUACCGGGGCCGCUGCGAACCGCAGAACGUGGACUCGGAGCGCAGCGAGCAGUUCAUCAGCUUCGAGACCGACCUGGAUUUCCAGGACCUGGAGCUGAAGUACCUGCUGCAGAAGAUGGACUCGCGCCUCUACGUGCACACCACCUUCAUCAGCAACGAGAUCCGCCUCGACACCUUCUUCGAUCCCCGGUGGCGCAAGCGCCUGUCCCUCACGCUCAAGAGCAACAAGAACCGCAUGGACUUCAUCCACAUGGUGAUCGGCAUGUCCAUGCGCAUCUGCCAGAUGCGCAACAGCAGCCUGGACCCCAUGUUCUUCGUCUACGUCAACCCCUUCAGCGGGAGCCACUCGGAGGGCUGGAACAUGCCCUUCGGGGAAUUUGGCUACCCGCGCUGGGAGAAGGUUCGCCUCCAAAACAGCCAGUGCUACAACUGGACUCUCUUGCUGGGCAAUCGGUGGAAAACGUUUUUCGAGACGGUCCACAUCUACCUACGUAGUCGGACUCGGCUACCUACCCUACUGCGUAAUGAGACCGGCCAGGGCCCGGUGGACCUGUCCGAUCCCUCCAAGAGGCAGUUCUACAUCAAGAUCUCCGACGUGCAGGUGUUCGGGUACAGCCUGCGCUUCAACGCCGACCUCCUUCGCAGCGCCGUGCAACAGGUCAACCAGUCCUACACGCAAGGCGGCCAGUUCUAUUCUUCUUCGUCCGUGAUGCUCCUCUUGUUGGAUAUUCGGGACCGAAUCAACCGCCUGGCCCCUCCUGUGGCCCCGGGGAAACCCCAGCUGGACUUGUUCUCCUGUAUGCUCAAGCACCGCCUGAAACUGACCAACAGCGAGAUCAUCAGGGUGAACCACGCCUUGGACCUCUACAACACCGAGAUCCUCAAACAGUCGGACCAGAUGACGGCCAAACUCUGUUAACCUGGGGACUCCUUGCCACGGGCUUUCCCUUUUGUUGUACACACAUAACAGAACAAAGCAAAGCAAAGCAACACAAACAACAAUUUGUAAAAUGUAAUUCAUAAUUCAAAGAAAAGGAGGAAGAGUCUGCAUUCGUUGGAAACGAAAACGUUCUAGCAACUGUAUAAAACCGUUGGGCAUGUUUGUUAUUUCUGUACUCUGUCAUGAAGAAGGGUCUCAGCCUUUGGAGGAGCUUGGAGGGGUUGCUUCUUAGGCCUCAGGUGCUGUAUUGUGGGGGGAGAACGGGGAGAGCAUAUUCAAUGAAUUGCCAAGAUCUCUGCUGUGCAGGUGCUAAGAUUAAACCCUAAAAAGAAAGAGAGAUAUAUGUAAUGUACAACCGACACUGCCAUUUUUCCUUGUGGGAGGAAAUGGACAUACAUAAAGAUAUUUCUUGGGUUAUGAUUUCUUCCCUCUUUA